UUUAGAUAACCACAUCUAUGAUCUAGCGCUAGAACUGGAAUAAAGGCGUGGUUUUCUAGAGUUUCGAUCGUUUCGCAAGUAAUUAAUUAUGAAGAAAGCUGCAUUUUGUCUCCUAGUCCUCCUGUGCCUUCUUCUGUCAGUGAAUGGUACAUCUAUGACACUGUUUGUUGGAUGUACCAGCUCACCUCUAUGCCUCUCUGAACCAGUGUCUUAUAUGUGUAGUGGGGAGAAUGGAGCUGGCCUUGAUGAUGAUGUAUUAAGAUGGGGUAUACGUGAUAGUAGUAGAUCUAGUAAUGAUAAUAUACCGAAUGGUACAACUGCAUAUGUUGAAAGAACAGAUGUUUCUACACCAAGAAUCAUUGGCACUUAUUUUGAAACUAUCCUUACUUCCAGUGCUGAUCCUAUGCGGUCUAAUAUAUCAUUCAGUCCUGUACUGGCCAUUAAUAAUUAUACUAUUCUAUGUGAUAUAAUUGGUACUACACCAUUUGGUUGUUCUAUAAUAAUUGCAGAUGUUUUAGCUGCUCCUGUUUCUACUGAUAUUAAGUUCACUUCUGAUACUCUUAUAUUCUCCUGGACUCCACAAUCAACCAGUCCUUGUUUAUCUCAUUACAGUGUUAAUGUUACUAGUAUUGAAUAUACUAUCAAUACUACUAAUACUAGUCUGAGUUUACCAGUACAUUCAACUAAUGAUACAAAAUAUUCUAUUAGUGUAGUAGCUGUUGCUACUGCUGGUAGAUAUAUGGAUCCUACCAGUAAAAUAAUAUUUAUAGCUGAUGUCCCUGGACCUGUAACUGACUUGGUAAUUAAUUGGACCGGUUUCGAUAUUUAUGUAACAUGGAAUUAUCCACCUUAUUUUGUUAGCCCUUAUGUAUCAAGUUAUAUAGUAUACCCUAGUGAUCAUUAUACUGGUAUAACAAUACCAGCUCCUACCACUACAUACAAUAUACCUGAUGUUACAGUAAGAUCAGUAUAUACUGUUGGUGUGGCUGCUGUUAAUGUAUUAGGAACUGGUCCUACUGCAUCAGCUACAAUAAGCAUCAUUUGUACUUUUGUUCCUACUAGAUCUAUUACAUCUUUUUUUGUGACACCUACUGUUACCAAUAGAG